AUGGAUUUCCAAGAGGAAGAACCAAUUGAGGAAGUGGAUCUGCCUCCAGACUUGCAAUUAGAAAUUAAUUCCGUAUUGAGCAAUGACAGUUUGAUGUCUUUACCCAAAUUGCAGAGUCGUCAAUCUACUAGUUAUGGAGUGCCAAUCCCUUAUAAUGCCGAUGCUCUGUCUGCUUCGUCGUCAUCUUUGGAUUCUUUGAAUAUGCUAAUGGAAAAGCAGCGAAGAAGGCAGCUUAAUCAUCCACAUCAUCAAGAUUUUAUCACUGUACCGAAUAGUCUACAACUAGGACAAGGAAAUGUUAAGGAAACCAGUGAGAUUUUUCUAAAGUACGAUCCCGUUUCAAAGCGAAAGGUUUUGAAUACAUACGAGAUCAUCAAUGAACUUGGGCAUGGGCAACAUGGAAAAGUGAAGCUAGCAAAAGAUCUUCUCACCAAACAAUUAGUGGCCAUAAAGAUAGUUGAUAGACAUGAAAAGAAGGGACAGAAAUUUUUCAGGAUAAAGAAAUCAAACAGCCUUACUCAGAAUGAUAAGAUAAAGCGCGAGAUAGCUAUUAUGAAAAAGUGUCAUUACAAGCAUGUUGUUAAAUUAUUGGAGGUUUUAGAUGAUUCAAAGUCGAGAAAGAUAUAUCUUGUAUUAGAAUAUUGCGCCCAGGGAGAGGUCAAAUGGUGUCCAGGAGAUCAAUUGGAAACUGAGGCGAGGGGACCUCCUCUUUUAUCUUUUCAGCGAACUCGUGAAAUUCUUAGAGGUGUCGUGUUGGGUUUAGAGUACUUGCACUACCAGGGUGUCAUUCAUAGAGAUAUCAAACCAGCUAAUCUAUUGAUUUCAGAGGAUAACACUGUGAAAAUCUCCGAUUUUGGUGUAUCUCUUGCUGCAAGCGGAGCUAAUAGUUCUGACUCUAGUGUAGAGUCUAUCGACGAAUUAGAGUUGGCAAAGACAGCAGGUACCCCAGCUUUUUUUGCUCCAGAAAUAUGUUUAGGUAAUGAUGCCUUCGAAAAAUUCAAUAUGACUAGAGAAGAUUUAUUUAAAGGAUCCAGCAUUUCAUUUAUGAUUGAUAUAUGGGCACUUGGAGUAACACUGUAUUGUCUCCUUUUUGGAAUGCUUCCCUUCAAAUCUGAUUAUGAACUGGAAUUAUUUGAAAAAAUUGUCAAUGAUCCGGUCUCAUUUCCUGAUUACCAAGAUGUAAAGAACAAUAGAGUGUCACGAGUCUCGUGCCAAGAGGAGUACCAAUUGGCCAAGGAUGUUGUCAGCAAACUGUUAGAGAAAAACCCUUUGAAGCGAAUUACAAUUCCGGAGGUUAAGAAGCAUCCGUUUGUUUGUUGGGAUUUCUAUCACGUUCAAAGCUGCGAUGAGCACCAUUUAACCUCAAAGAUGGAUGAGCUCAAAGAAUUUGAACGUAACAAAGAGGAUCAAUUCAAACAAAUAUCUAUAUCGAAGCACGAGCUCAAAAAUGCAGUUUUAGGUGUUGGUAAGAAAAUUAAAGAAUCCGUAUUCAAUGCACUUCCACUUAAUCGCAAUAGCCCUAAAGUUAAUGAUACUUUGUCGUCACAAAUAGAUGUAAAAGGUGCAGCAGCAUCGACGAGCACCGGCGACUCGAGUUUUAUCGUAAGUGAGGGAUCCAUAACGAGUAAUUUAGGUAAAUUCGAACGCAAGAAUGAUAAGGAGCCUCAUGAUAAUAAACAAAAAACUAAUGAUCCUAAUAAUGAUACUAAUGGUACUGACCUUUUUAAAAAGGGAUUUAGUAUGUGUAAUGAUAACAACGACCAUAAUGAUAACUAUAAUGAAACCAAUAAAAUGGCAAAAGAGAUCUCUCAGAAAGAACUUUUUGAUAACGAGCUUAAAAGGUUUGACGAAAAGCAUGAUCCAAAAAAUGUAGUGAACCUUCCUAUAAACUCUUCCUUUGCUUCAUUGGACAGCUUCUACAUCGAUAAUUAUGCCAUGAGUAAGCUGGGACCGAAUCCGCGAAACAACAAUGGCAAUAAUAUGAGGGACUCAAAAACGUCACCCUCAAUCUUCGCCAGACCACCUCACGUGGGAGGAUCAUUUCAGCAUUUUGCACCCAACAGGAAUAUCCCCGUAAAAGGAAACUUUUUGAGACGAUCGUCAUCGCGAUUGAAUUUUCUCAAUAAUGGACUACAGCCUAGUAGAAAUGAUAGAAUUCCUCAAAAUACUAAACCAUCGCUGAAGCGGUCAGAAGAGUCAAACAAUGACAUACCUGCCAAAAUUUGUUCUAACUCAAAAACACCGGAUUUUGCAAACAAUAGAAGCAACAUGGGAAGUAAUGACAAUGUAGUCAUCCAUGCAUCAGAAACUACACACAGCAUUGUGCCAACAACUCUUCGCAAUGAUACUAAUGAAAAAUAUAAGAUAAAGAGAGGUAAUUUUUUCAGCAAUUUAAAUGAUGAAGAGGAGGAGACAAGUGGAUCCUCUGAGACUGGAGAAAGCGCAUAUUCGAGCUGUUCUUCAGCUGCAGAAAGUGAUUCAGGCGGUAGCGUUCCAGGGUCUUUACCAUUUGAAUUUGCCGAUGACUCGGCAAACGGUAGUGUGGUUUCCUUAAGAGAUUUAUCUACGUUCGAUCAAGUACGUCCCUUCAUUCAACCCCCAUCUUCCAGACCAAAUCCGACGAAAGCGAGUCUUCAUGCGAGAGAAAUAUAUGAUGAGAACUCUGAUGGAAAUGAGGAAAAUGAUAGCGACGAAAGUGACAAACUAAUCUUGACUAUAGGAAAGGGGGGACGACAUAGACGUCAAGGAUCUUCGCAGACAUCAAGUAGUAGUGCAGUUAGCUCAAGAAGGAAUACAAUUCCUCAUCUCCAGAUACCACGAGAUCGUGAGGCUCAUGAUGCGGUUGAUCGCAUCACGAGUGCAAUUACAGAAGAUAGUUCUGCUACUCUCGCUCAUGGAAAAUACAAUGCAGAUUCACAAAGAAGUUUGAAGUCCUGUGGAGAUGAUGGGCAAGCAACUUUGGCUGUUCCAUCUGCUGUCAUGAGUACUAUCAACCCGGGUAAUCUAAUACAUGGCGAUUUUGUACUCGAUAGAAACCAGAGAUCACCUCUUUCUUUUUCAACUUCUUCAACAGACGCUGAACAUUCUUUAUUGAUCCCGGAUAUAAAAACCACGCCUACUACACAUGUGAAUGAUGUCUCCGGCACAGGUCAUCAUACUGAGCAUUUACGUGACAAUUCCAGAGAGCUGCUCAAGACCGUUUUAAAAUCAUCAGGAAGAGAUUCGAGCAGAAGGCAAUCGGUGCCAUCUUUAAACAGAAUUUGCAGCGAUGGAACUGCUGAACGGAAGAGUAGCAGAUGGAAGCAUACAUUUGAUGGUGAACACAAUAAAGACCGUGCAGCACGCAGCCUAUCUCGCAGAAUGCAUCAAGUUGAUGAUAAUAGGUCGAAAUCAGUCUCUUUAGCUGUCUUAUACAAGAACAAAUCCUAA